CACAAAUCAAACUCACCCAGCACCUCCAAGCAGUUGUGUGGACAGAGAGAGAGAGAGAGAGAGAGAGCGAGAGAGAGAGAAGCAGAGAUGCGUUCAGGGACAGAAAGCCACUCCAUCACCACAGUGACGAUGAAGAGGGUUCAGUGAAGGACGAAUCCAAAAUGUCUCCCCGAAGAGGAGGCUGCUGAUUUGGAGCCAUGAGGGUCCUGACAUCCAACUUGUUCGCUCUGCUCUUCCUGAGCGUCUUCGCGGGGGUUUUCUACGUGUGGAGCGCACUGGAAGACCGCCCGGAGCGACACAAACGAGGCUUCGGAGCUUUUUCCCCCCAACUUCCCGUCGACCUGUCGGCUAAAACUUCCCGGACUCUGCUCACGGUCCCACUGGCACGAACACCCGAAGAACACCACCCGGACGACGCGAGCGGGAACGCGUCGGUCGAGACGUCGGUUCCCCCCGUGGAGGACGGCGUGUUCUGGAGCGGCCGGCUCGAGGCGCUGCUCCCGCUCGGCUUCCCGGAGGAACACGCCCGGGCAUGGCGCGGCGGGGCGAGGACAGCGCGGGUGGUGAAGCUGGAGCCCGGAUGCGGGAGAGUCUCCAACAGACUCGCCACGUUCGCGGACGGCUCCAGAGCGUGCGUGCGGUACGGCAUCAACGCGGAUCAGGUGCAAGGGGAAACUUUGACCUACUACCUGGCGUGUUUGCUGGGCAUCACCAACCUCCCUCCUUUAGUCUUGUCCCCGCUCUACAGCGAGCAAUGGGCGGCGGUGCGGACGCGUGUUGAGGGAUUACAAUGGAGCGAGCGCGCGGUGGUUUCUCUCACCGAGUGGGUGUCGGACCUCACCGGGGUCGUCACGCCUGCCCCGCUCAGGCCGGAGAGCAGCGGGCUGCACCCGGAGCUCCGCAACAAGACGACCGCGGAACUUCUGGAUCUCAUGCAGUGGAGCGACUUGAUCAUAUUCGACUAUCUGACCGCCAACUUUGACCGGCUGGUCAGCAACCUGUUCAGCCUCCAAUGGGACCCGCGGGUUAUGGAGAGAGACACCAACAACCUGCUAAAAACCCCCCGCGGGAACCUCGUCUUCAUCGACAACGAGGCCGGGUUAGUGCACGGCUACCGGGUGCUGAACAUGUGGGAGAAAUACCACCAGGCGGUGCUGAGUUCCGUGUGCGUGUUUAGGAGGACGACCGCGCGGCGUGUGGCGGAGCUGCACCGGCGGAGGGACGCCAGGAGGAGGCUGAUGGAGCUUUACCGAGACAGCGAGCCUUUGUCCGCCAAGUUAGGGUUCCUCUCCGACGAGCACGCCGCUGUGCUCCAGGACAGGAUAGACAUCGUGCACACACACAUUUUACACUGCAAGGACAAGUAUGGCCAGUUGUGAGCAUAAGACCGGUACUGGAAACUCUAUUAGUGCACAUUUUGUCCUGAUGAUCCAACUCAGGGGUGUCCAAAGUGCGGCCCGCGAGCUGCCCCUUCUUUUUUAGUGGGCCGUGACCAUACCUGUCAACAUUUACGUUGGAAAAUACAGGGAAUUUCUUCCAAAAAAGAGGUAAAAUGACACCCGGUCAGUGGCCUUGUGGUUAGAGUGUCCGUUGUGAGUUUAAACCCCGGCCGAGUCAUGCCAAAGACUAUAAAAAUGGGACCCAAUAUCUCCUUGCUUGGCACUCUACGGAGCCCCUAAAGCAGGGGUCGGGAACCUUUUUGGCUGAGAGAGCCAUGAAAGCCAAGUAUUUCAAAAAUGUAUUUACCGGUAUAGCUCGGUUGGUAGAGUGGCCGUGCCAGCAACUUGAGGGUUGCAGGUUCAAUUCCCGCUUCCGCCAUCCUAGUCACUGCCGUUGUGUCCUUGGGCAAGACACUUUACCCACCUGCUCCCGGUGCCACCCACACUGGUUUAAAUGUAACUUAGAUAUUGGGUUUCACUAUGUAAAGCGCUUUGAGUCACUAGAGAAAAAGCGCUAUACAAAAUAUAAUUCACAAUUCACGUGAGAGCCAUUUAAUGUUUUUUAGCACUGAAUACAACAAAAUGCGUGCAUUAGAUUUUCUUUUUUAAACGGGGAUAGCAGGUCAAUUCUAUGAGUCAUACUUGAUCAUUUCACGAUAUUGCCAUAUUUUUGCUGAAAGGAUUUAGCAGAGAACAUCCAUGAUAAAGUUCGCAACUUUCGGUGCUAAGAGAAAAGCCCUGCCUCUACUGGAAGUCGCAGACGAUAACGUCGCAAGUGUGGGGGCUCCUCACAUAUUCACAUUGUUUAUAAUGGGAGCCUCCAACAAAAAGUGCUAUUCGGACCGAGGAAACAACAAUUUCCCCAUUAAUUUGAGCGAGGAUGAAAGAUUUGUGUUUGAGGAACCAGAAGAAAAAAAAACGCGAUUGGGACGGAUUCCGAUGUUUUUAGACACAUUUAAUAGGAUAUUUCUGGGAAAUCCCUUAUCUUUCUAUUGCGUUGCUCGUGUUUUAGUGAGUUAAAUAGUACCUGAUAGUCGGAAGGGUGUCUCCACGGGUGUGUUGACGCCAGUGUCUCAGUGGAGUCGACGGCAGCCGCAUGGACGACACAAGCUCAGCUUUUCUCCAGUAGGAAACAACUUUUUAACCACAAUUUUCUCACCGAAACAUGCUGGUUGACAUUCCGUCUUGAUUCAUGUUGGCUUGACCGCGCUCUGAUCCAUAGGAAAGUUCCACCUCCAGGAAUUUUAAAUAAGGAAUCACCGUGUGUUUGUGUGGCUAAAGGCUAAAGCUUCCCAACUCCAUCUUUCUACUGUGACUUCUCCAAUAUUAUUUGAACAAAUUGCAAAAGAUUCAGCAACAUAGAUGUCCAAAAUACUGUGUAAUUAUGCCGUUUAAGCAGACGACUUUUAGCUGUGUGUGUGUGCAGCGCUCAUACUUCCAAAAAACCCGUGACGUCUUGCGUACACGUCAUCAUUACACGACGUUUCCAGGACGAAACUCCCGGGAAAUUUAAAAUUGUAAUUUAGUAAACUAAAAAGGCCGUAUUGGCAUGUGUUGCAAUGUUAAUAUUUCAUCAUUGAUAUAUAAACUAUCAGACUGCGUGGUCGCUAGUAGUGGCUUUCAGUAGGCCUUUAAGUAAGGCCAACAUUUUUAUAGUAUAAUAAGUCUCUUAUUCUUUUUAAUAACAUUAGACAUGCACCUGGGGAUAGGUUGAUUGGCAACACUAAAUGGUCCCUAGUGUGUGAAUGUGAGUGUGAAUGUUGUCUGUCUAUCUGUGUUGGCCCUGUGAUGAGGUUGUCCAGGGUGUACCCCGCCUUCCGCCCGAUUGUAGCUGAGAUAGGCGCCAGCGCCCCCCGCGACCCCGAAAGGGAAUAAGCGGUAGAAAAUGGAUGGAUGGAUGGGCUCCAAACCCACGCCUCUUGAAACAUAAUGUUGCUAACCAUUGGGUACUGGAGAGAGACACCGACAAUCUACUAAAAAACCUGCGGGAACCUCGUCUUCAUCGACAACCCACCCGGUGAGAGAAACCACUCCAUUGUAAUCCCUCAUUCCAUAUAAUAAACACCAAGUUAGGAUACUUUGGCAGAAAUGUUGUCUCUCUAUCCUCAAUCAGUCAACGUUUAUUUAUCUUACGGUAUUGAUUUAUUUGAAUAAUCCAUCCAUCCAUUUUCUACCGCUUGUCACUUACGGGGUGGUACAACUAGCCACACAGCCGUAACGAAAAAGUGUUGCCCCCAGUGAUGUGGAGUUAUGCCGAGACUUGAGUCAAACAGACUCGAUCGCUGUAGUAGCUGUGGAACUGGUGAGGAUUUUUUUUUUUUAAGGACAGAAAAAUCUGUGAAAAAACGGGACUGGUAGACAACAAAACUUGGUUUUCCUUGCAAAAACAGGAAGGUUGAGAGGUAUGCCGGGUGACACAUUCUCAAGGCAAAAUGAACAUGUCCCAUAUUAGAACAUUACACCCAAAAAAAUUACCCUGGCCUAAAUUCCCCCCGAAAUUAACAUCCGAAAACCAAAAUUCUGUAUGACCUGUGAAUGGUUUCUGUGCGUUCUGUCAUAAUGAACAUGUGUACACAUUUCUUCUUUUCGCGUAUGCUACAGUAAAAUAGGCAUUAAAAGGUUUUAGUUGGCGUAAUAAUAACAAGAAGAAAUUAAAGGGGGCUGGAUUUAGGGCUGCAACUUUAAUUGUUUAAUCAGAAUAGAAAAAAGCUUGGAUUUAUAUUGCUUCGAUUAAUUCAGAACUUUAAAUAUGUGACCCUAGUUUUCACAUGGCCACUGCAGUAGAGCACACUUGAGAACAGUGUGGUGUAAUAGGGAAUAGUGGGGGGGAAAAAUAAUGUAUAUAUAUAUAUAUAUACUGUAUAAAAUAUAAAAUUCAUACAUGGUGAAAGUGCAAUGUCAAAGUUGAUGAUGUGCAUUUAUCAGAAAAGAAAGAAUGAAGAUGAUGGCAAGCAUAAAUUGUUAAUUUAAAGUUGUUCUCUAAAGUAGUUAAUUUUUUAAUUCUUUAUAUUUAUUUAAGUUUUGAAAUUGUUCCCAUUUUUUAAAUGUCAUUCUAUUGGUUGAUUUCCAUUUUUCUCGAAAUACACAUUGAUGAUAUAAAGUGUGUCUUAUCCGAUUACUCAAUUCUUCGUACAAAAUAUUUGAUAGAUUACUUGAUUACUAAAAUAAUCUAAAAAUGCAACUCUGGUUAGAUUAAGUAAUAGACUAAUGUGCUUGUUUUGUUCAGAGAGUUAAGUAUAUAUUGAUCUACAGCGUAUUAGUUUCAGCAUCUUUUACGUAGAAAAUGUAUCAAAGUUGCCCUCUGCCCCCACCAACCAAGCAUCCUUCAAUUUUUAUAUAUGCGGCCCUCGCUGGAAAAAAUUUGGACACCCCUGAUCCAACUGAACUACCUCUAAGGGAUACAAUGUGAUGCCUACUUUCUAUAACUCUUUGUAUCAUCUUAAUUUCUUGUAGAUUUUUUUCACACUUUGUACAGUGCUGUGGUCUACUUAAUGAGGAACACUUGUGCAGACGACACUAGAGUGACUGUGAGUAACAUAAUGUGCUGUAUUUGUGUUUAGAUUAUUGCCUUUUUUGGUUUAUAAUCUUAAAUACCGUAAUAUGUGCAUCCGAUGUUGAAUAAUGCUAUAAUCUGGUCGCUUUUAUGGAAAAUAAUUUUUGCACAUUCAGUUGUCAUGCACUCUGUCUUUUUUUAAAUCAGCCUUAAGAGUGUACAGUAGCAUAUUCAUGUCAAGUACUGUAAUUAUUGUGCAGCGACUUGUUUAUUGAACUGAGCAGUCCACUGAUUUAUGUGUAUUGUAACAUUCCAUAAGCUCCCUCCUUUUUCUAAAAUAUACACUAAUUUAUGUUAA